AAUCUAUCUUUUUACCAAAAUAAAAACAACCACAUCAUCACAACUUGCAAAAACACAACUUAUUGAUUACAAUGGAACCACAGCCAUUACAACAGCAUCUAACACAACAACAGUCAAGGAGUAACAUUAUUAAAUCAACCAUGGUAACUGAAGAUCUUUAUGCCCCUCUAUCGCCCUGUCCCAUACCAGAUAUUAGCGAUGAUGAGUUGGUUUCCAUAUCUGUACGUGAUUUAAAUCGAACAUUGAAAAUGCGUGGUCUUAAUCGUGAGGAGAUUGUGCGCAUGAAACAACGUAGACGUACUUUAAAAAAUCGUGGCUAUGCAGCCAGUUGUCGCAUUAAACGUAUCGAACAGAAAGAUGUUUUGGAAACGGAAAAAUCUCAUGAGUGGACGGAACUAGAACAGAUGCACGAAGACAAUGAACAGUGUGCUAGGGAAAUUGAAACCUGGAAAAAGAAAUAUGCCGCUUUAUUACAAUUUGCAGCUCAUAAUGAUAUCCCAAUACCGCCGGAAUUGGAAACUUGCUAAGCAUUGGCGUUCGUAAUGAUUUUCAUAAUUUGAUCAAUAACAGUACAAGUUUAUACUUUUUUCAUAUUUGACUUUUAUUUAGAGAUAAGUUUAUUAGAAUUAAUUAUAUAUUAGUAGAAUUAAGAAAAAUAUACAUACAUACUUCAUUAGUAUUUACUAAA